AUGAAGGAGAAUGACAUGAAUAAUGGCGUUGAUAAAUGGGUAGCUGAGGAGGAUGGUCGAAACGAUCACCAUAACAAUAGUAACUUGAUGAAAAAAGCCAUGAUGAACAAUGAGCAAAUUGACAGGACACAGGAUAUCGAUAAUGCUAAAGAGAUGUUGAGGAAGAUAUCAAGUGAAAGCUGCUCGCGCAGAAACUCCCUGUUGAACAAGGAUUCACCCCUCGCGAACGGCAAUGUGGGUAGUGGCGGUGGUACAAGCAUUAAUGGCACGAGAGGAAGUUCCAAGAGUAGCAAUACACAUUUCCAGUAUGCCUCCACGGCGUAUGGUGUAAGAAUGUUGAGCAAAGACAUUUCCAACACCAAGGUGGAGCUCGAUGUGGAAAAUUUAAUGAUUGUUACGAAACUCAAUGAUGUGUCACUUUAUUUCUUAACGAGAGAAUUGGUGGAAUGGGUAUUGGUACAUUUCCCCCGUGUGACUGUUUAUGUGGAUUCUGAGCUGAAAAAUAGCAAAAAAUUUGCCGCUGGUGAACUAUGUGAAGACAGUAAAUGUAGAGAAUCAAGGAUCAAGUACUGGACAAAGGAUUUCAUCAGGGAACAUGACGUUUUCUUCGAUUUAGUGGUGACUUUGGGUGGUGAUGGUACUGUGCUUUUUGUAAGCUCCAUUUUUCAAAGGCACGUGCCACCCGUUAUGUCGUUUUCGUUAGGAUCUCUAGGAUUUUUAACAAACUUUAAAUUUGAACACUUCAGGGAAGAUUUACCCCGGAUUAUGAAUCACAAAAUCAAGACAAAUUUACGGUUAAGAUUGGAAUGCACCAUUUAUCGUAGACACCGCCCUGAAGUAGACCCAAGCACGGGGAAGAAAAUAUGCGUGGUGGAAAAACUAAGCACACACCACAUUUUGAACGAAGUAACUAUUGAUCGUGGUCCGAGUCCUUUCCUGUCUAUGUUAGAAUUGUACGGUGACGGCUCAUUAAUGACCGUUGCGCAGGCUGAUGGGCUGAUUGCUGCUACCCCAACGGGAUCUACGGCCUAUUCUUUGAGUGCCGGGGGGUCAUUGGUAUGCCCAACCGUUAAUGCAAUUGCAUUAACGCCCAUUUGUCCACAUGCAUUGAGUUUUAGGCCUAUAAUCCUGCCAGAGAGCAUAAACCUAAAAGUAAAAGUUUCGAUGAAGUCAAGGGCUCCAGCAUGGGCGGCAUUUGAUGGUAAAGAUAGAAUCGAACUGCAAAAAGGUGAUUUCAUAACAAUAUGCGCUAGCCCAUAUGCUUUCCCCACUGUGGAAGCCUCACCUGAUGAGUUUAUUAACAGUAUCAGUCGACAGCUGAACUGGAACGUGAGGGAACAACAAAAGUCCUUCACGCAUAUUCUGUCCCAAAAAAAUCAAGAAAAGUAUGCACAUGAGGCAAACAAAGUCAAAAAUCAAGCGGAACCUUUGGAAGUGAUAAGAGAUAAACAGUCACUGAGAGCUGAUGCCAGUAAGGAAAACAACAACGGGAGUGACGAUGAAAGCGACGAUGAGAGUGAAAACUGCGAAGCUUGCAAAUUAAAGCCUUCCAGCGUCGCAAAACCCUCUCAGGCAAGGUUCUCAGUUUAA